AUGUUUAUCAGAUAUGGAUUUUAUGGAGAUGUGAUCACUGAGAGUGAAAAAUAUCGCUGGAUGGACCCUAAGAGAUAUGAUUAUGCGGGAACUAAAGUAUUUAUGAGACAGAGGCCAUAUGAAGCUGAGGUAGCUUACCUUGAUGUUGAAUCAGGAAAGACACAUGCAGUCCCUGAUAGGGGCCUUCGAUUUGGUAGAUUACAGACUUCAGGGAGUCGAAAUAAAUCUGAGAGAGUGACUUGUCGUACGAAUUGCAACAUCUGCAACAAAAAGUCAAGUCAUUCAAUGCCUCACUCCUGUCCUAAAGAAACAAGAUGGUUGCGAUCCAAAGGACGUUUUCUUAGUGUUGGUGCUGCCAUAAUCUCAAACCGUAAUGAAAGAGCACCUGAUGGUUUGGUGGUUGAUGCACACCUUUCAGAUGGCCUAUUGCAUCUGAUAUUGAUUAAAGACUGUCCUCAUACGUUAUAUUUAUGGCACUUGACUGAGCUUGCGAGGAAAGGUGGAAACCCCCUUAACUUUGAGUUCGUGGAACAACACAAGACUCCAGCUUUCACAUUUACUUCUUCUGGAAAUGAUAGUGUCUGGAAUAUAGAUGGCGAGCUCUUUCGAGCACACCAACUCUCUGCUCAAGUAUUCCAAGGCCUUAUUAGCUUAUUUGCAUCUGGUCCCGAAGUUUAGUAGACAACCAUCUGUGAGAGUCUCUGCAAAGAAUCUCAAACCUUUGUACAACACUUAGCUAAUUUCAAUUGAUUUAGUAUUUGUAACAUAUCCAGACUGAGAGGCUUCUGAAAAUUGG